GGGCUGCUGUAUCCCAGUCCCCCUGCUCUGAGAGGGAACUGGUGUGGGCACACUGGGCAUUGGUGACAGGGCGCCAGGGGGCUCAGUCCCUGGGCACAGGCAAGGUGGCUGAGCAGGAGGCCCGAGGUGGCUGGUACUCAGCCCACCUGGACCCUGGCACACGGUCCCACCAGCAAAGACGCCCCAGAGACAUCCAAGAAAAUGGGGAGGCACCGCCCGUGCUCUGCGCUCUUCCUCCCGCUCCUGCUGCUCCUGCACCUGCCCCUGCUCAGCACAGGGAGCACCCCAAAGCCCAGCUCACUCAUUGGCCAGGGCAUCAGAAGCGCCUCCCAUCCCCUAGACCUAGAAGCCCAGCAAAGCUGGCAGGCCAGUCAGAGGGCGAGUGAUUGCUGGGGCGCCUUUGACCUCUACUUCGUUCUGGACAAGUCCGGCAGCAUAGACAACAACUGGAUUAACAUUUAUUUGUUUGUGGAAAAUGUGGUGGCAAGAUUUAAAAACCCCAACCUGCGCAUAUCCUUCAUCGUCUUCUCCCGAGAUGCGGAAGUUAUCAUGCCGCUCACAGAAGACAGAGUGAAAAUUCACGAAGGUCUUAACAGACUCCAGUGGGUGGUGCCUGGAGGCUACACAUUCAUGCAGGAAGGGUUCAAACAGGCAAAUGAGGAGAUCAUGAGAGCCCGCUAUGGAGGCAGGAAGGUAGCCAGCGUGAUUAUCGUACUGACCGACGGGAUGCUGAUGGCAGAUUCAUUUAGGGAGACAAGGGAGGAGGCUGAGAGGUCUCGGAGCAUGGGGGCCACUGUGUUCACCGUGGGCGUGCUGGACUACGACAAAAACCAGUUGACGGCAAUUGCAGACUCCGCAGGACACAUGUUUGGGGUGGACAGUGGCUUCAAGGGUCUGCAGAACAUUGUGGACGCACUGGUCUCCAAGUCCUGUCUCGAGGUGACGUCAGUGAGACCAUCCUCCUUGUGUGUGGGAGAACCCUACACGGUGGUCUUCACUGGACAAGGGUUUCAUAAUGCGAAAGGCCCAGACCAGGUGAUCUGCAGAUUCAAGUUCAGCCCCACCAACAUCUUUGAUCAAAGAGCCACCAGUGUGGAAGACACUACCAUAAUGUGUCCUGGACCGAGGAUCGAUCAAGCUGGACAGGAGCUGUCUGUGGAACUCAGCCUCAACAGCGGCGCCAGCUUCAUCGGGAGCAAAUCCAACAUCUCCAGCACCGACUGUAUGAACACCAGGAAACUGUCGACCAGCAUCAAGUCCUACCUGAAAUACCUGCCACUGCUGCUGCUGAUUCCGCUGCUGCUGCUGCUGUGCUGCUGCUGCUGGUGGCUGUGGAAGCGGAGGCAACGAAAGCGGUCACCUCCUCAGCCUGUGCCUGAACCAGAGAAGGAGCCACCAAACACAUGCCGGAAGGAAAAGGAUCAAGAAGAGGAUAAGCGGCCUCCUCCCCCUCCCGCACAACCCCCUCCCCAGCCGCCUGUGAACACAAGCCCCACAGUGAUAGUCUCUUGCUGUGGGUGCGGGGCCAGAACUGCAGAGGACAACCUGGAUUCCUGCUGCACCUGCGUCUACCCAGGCUGCCAACAAAUGCCGAUGACGUGGAACCAGCCCAGAGCCCCGGGAAGGUGCACCGACAUCACCCUGUUAAGCGCCCCCUGCGCGCAGGGCUCCUGUGGCCAGAAGAUCUGCCUCCAAUCCAACAGGAAGUGCUGCCAGCCCACACAGCCAGCCUAUAGCUCCAGGACCUGCCACCAACCCAACAGGGAGGGCUACCCUGUCCCACGGGCAUCGUACAACCCGAGGAUCUACCUGCAACCCAGCGGGAACUGUUUCCCCGCCCCAGAGGUCCCGUACACCCCCAAUAUGUACCUGGUGCCCAACCAGGAGAAUGUCCCACGCAACAUCUACGCUCGGUGCCAGCUCCCGGCCAAGUGUUCCGACUGCACCUCCAGGGUCCUCCCGCUGCUCUCACCCCUCACCCGGAAAUCUGCGGAAUCCUUCAGUCCCUCGAAAUCCUACCGCUCCCCUUCCAGAUCCAAAAAAAUCUAUGACUAA